UUAGCAAUUGUCAUCUACGAGCUCCUGAUCACCGCCGCCGACGAGAUUAAGGUUGUCUGGAAGAGACCGGUCACUGCAUCCGCUGUGCUCCUUGGUUCAGUACGGUGGUCUUUGUUUCUCCUGGUCAUACUAGGCUUUGUACCAGCAACUCAGAGAGUAUUUUGCCCCAAUAUGAAACGCGCGCUCAGUUUUCAUUGGUCAGUCUUCUCCGCCUUGCGCGUCUUUGCAGUCUGGAACAGGAACUACGUCUGGUCGCUGAUAGUUCUUGCGCUGAACAUGGUGCCGCUCGCGACGUACUUGGUGUGUGCCGUCCUCUCUCAAGCUCCGCGUACACACCGGUUCAUACCUCCUUGUAGAUCACCACGAGGGGAUUAA